AUUCCGCCCGCCGGAAAUGUCGAGGGGGGCGAGCAUAAGCGCGUCACCCUCACCUCGAUCAUACAGGGCGAUGCGGGCUUCUCGCGAUUUGGCAGUAACUUCUUGGAGCCGGACGCUUCAGCUGCAGGACCUAACAAUAACUCCAAGCCUGCGACCAAGCCCGCCAAGUGCAUCCGCAUCAAGCUCGAUCUUUUCGAGACAGAUUCGAAUAAGUAUCCCGAGUUUAACUAUUCCCGGCUUUUGUACUUGGAAAAGAAAAAAGCUAAAAAGCUUAAGCAGGUGACAACGUGCAAUGGAUCCACCGGCACUGAUCCCUUUGCAGACAACGAUGACGAUGUGGCUCGAAUCGUUAAGGAACUGGAGGCCAAGUACGGAAACUCCUAUGCCACUGGCAGGGGAAAGAGCAAAAAGGACGACUACCGGGACAUUGGAAUGGGCUAUGACGAGUCGGACUCCUUCAUUGACAAUACGGAAGCUUACGACGAGAUCAUCCCAGAGGAGGCGGAGACCCUGGAAGGCGGAUUUUACAUCAAUUGCGGCGCCCUAGAGUUCAAGAACCUUACCAAGAAGUCCUAUACAACGCGAACGGAUGCCAUCAUCAAAAUGCCGGAGCGAUCGCGCAAGCGCAUGGUCUCGUCCAGCUCAGAAAGCUCGUCUUCAUCUUCAUCCGACGAUGACGACGAAAAUGAUGAUGAUAACAACGAGGAGGAUGAGGAAAGUGAUUCCGAGGACGAUGACGAGGAGGAGGAUGAAAGCGAUUCCGAGGAUGACUCCGAGAGCGAAAGUCUCGAUGACGAGGACUCUGCUGCCACAGUUAAAUCUAGCGGGAAGUACAAAGACAAUCAUGUGGCCAAGCGGCCGAAGGUUCUCGUUACGGGUAAGCCCAAGCCAAGCUCCAGUUCUGUAGCGGGAAGCAAAAAGCCACCGGCAAAGCCGAUCACCACUUCCUCAUCCUCAAAUUCGCCACGACCCAGUACGGUGGAGAUUUCCGACACGGAAGAACGGCCCGUUCAGAUCCAGUCCCAGAUUCAGCCACAAAAUCAGCUUCUUCAGGGACUGCCACAGCCGCAGACUCAAGCUCAGGCUCAGGCUCAAGCCUUGAAGAAGGUGGUCAAGACCACAACGGUAAAAGAUAUGCUGAAGGCCAAGCGGGAUAACUUCCUUAAGUCGCAGAGCGGCGCGGCACCUGCCAAGGGAGUCAACGGCGAGCUAAAGUGCAUCUCAUCUGACCUGUCGAGUCCCGAUAGCAGCGAUAUGGAAUCGGAGCAAGGUCGGAGUGACAGGCAGGCAUCCCAACAAGGCAAGGAGGGACAGGAAAAUCUUCGUACCGCCGAUACGUUACUGCCUACCACGCUGGAUGCGGACAUUAUGACCGCAGUCAACAGCUUUAAGGAAGCGGUUAGAAGUCGAGACAUGUGUGGCAAGAAGUUUAACCUGGAUGCCAGACUGACUCCACUGCUGCUUCGGGUCUAUGAAGCGGUGCUGUGCACGGAUCGCAACGAGCGAAAUAUGGUGUUCUCCCACAUCGAGUACCAGCUGCAGCUGCCCAAAUACUACAUGCUGCGAAAAGGAAAGCAAGUGCGCGCAAAGGAGGAGAAGAAAAAGACCAACAGCAUGCUGGAAAAACUGCGGCGAGCUGUAGCUGUGGUCAUGCCAAAGGCGAUAGCCAACUACGAAACGGAAUUGCGUGCUUUUGCGGAACAGGCAGCCGCGGAUGUAAAUUCAGAGCUGCCACCGAAGAUGCCACGGAAAAAGUUCCAGUGGACGAGCGAGUUGAGACAACUCCUGUACGAUGUCUAUCAAGCGCGGUGGACCUCCUACGCCUUUUUGGCCAAGCGAAAGGAUUCGCUGGAGGAGUUCAUCAACUGGUAUCUUAAGGAGAAGGUUGUGGAUCUGUGGCCAACCGGCUGGAUGCGCUUGGAUGAGCUGCAGCGGGAGAUAACGCGGUAUAAGAACGCCAGACUGAAGGCCAAGGAGAAAGCAAAGGCGGCAGCAGUAUCCGCAUCCCCAAAAUUAUUUACUGCUGCACCUGCCGCCGAGCAAAUGCCGCAGGCAAGCAGCUAUCUAAAGACAGCGGAGGAACCCCGAUCUCGCGGAAACUCCGACACGGACUCAGCUACAAGUGCCUCUUCAAACAGCCUAAAGCGAAAGCUGAAGGAUAUACCGCUGCAAACCACUAAGCCGCCGAAGAAGAAGGUUGCCAAGCAGUUGACCCAACAGCCGCAACUGCAAACGCAUCCGCAAUUCCAGCUGGCGCCGGCUGCCACCGCGGCGGUCAGUGUGCCAGUCAUUACCAAUAACAAUAACCACCUGCCCCACCUGGACACCCUGCUCUCGAUGCCAAGCACCUCAUCGCAGGCAGCUGCCCUAAAUGCUGCUGCGGUGGCAGCUGCGAGUACGGUUCUCGAUCUGGCAUCGCCCAGAGGGAAAAUUGACCUUAACAGCAGUAGUAAUUUUUACAAUCUGAUAACAGCAGCCACGCUGGCAGCAAGAAAAAACCCCAGUCCACUUUCCAUCGACGGCCAGGCUAAAGUGAUCGUGGCACCGCGGCCAUCACCGCAUGUGAUUAACCUGGAUGAUUACCAAUGUCCCAGCGAAAUACUACAGACGUCCAAGCAGCUGGCUGCCACCACCACCGUCAUCACGUCCACCUCGAAGGCUGCCCAAACCACGACGCCGGUGGGCAGGGAGAGCAGCAGCGAAUCGGAUGGUGUUGAGAUCGUGGGCGUGUUCCCUGCCUCGAAGCCUCAGCAGAAAAUCGCGCCAAAACCCAAGAGUAAGACUCAAAACAAGGGGAGACAUUCCUUGGGAGCCGUGGGACAGGUCAAUGGAUCGCUUGGAUUCAAGGCGAACAACAUGUACGUCUACAAUAGCCCCCGAGCAAUCGGAUCCAUGUACGAUCUCACCUCCGACCCGCACAUAAUGAAGACCAUGUCCGAUCUGAAGGAGCUGGAGAAGAAGAUGCAGUCGGUAUUCUCGCCAAAGGCAAGUGCAGGAGUAGGUUCAUCCGCACCGAGCACGCCGUCGCGCCAAUGACAAUCGGGUCCGGUCGCACAGCAGCCCUUGCCGGCUGCUGUGACGGCCUUCUACAAUCAAGAGGCGAUGGCAGCCGCCAUAGUUCUUUCCACCAUGAGCCACGCCUCGCCGCGCUACGACCUACUGGCCAACGGAUCCAUGUCCGUGUCAGCCGCCCAGGUGGGAGCCUCUGCCAACACACUGCCACAAGUAUUUGUUAAGCCCAGCCUGCCGCAACCCAGCGCUGCCGACGAGGUGAUGACCACCACGGGAGUUGCUCACCCGCCCACGCAACAACUGCCCACAAAGUUCAUUUAGCUAGGGUCACUCAGCUCACUCCCUUGCGAUUAUAAUCUAAGAUUCUAGGGCUGGUUCUAGGUAGGUUUCAUUCGCAGCCAUGUCUGCCUUCCAAUCAUUUGCACGAGUUUAAUUUUUGUUUCCCCAUUGAGUCGUUUACCCACUAAGUCAGUGUACUUUGCAAGCAUUAAUAAAGCAAAUUUAUAUAUAUAUA